GAGCAGAAUCAUACUAAAGCAGGAAAGGAGAAAGCAAAAGGAAUUCUUUGAAAAGAAGAAACUUAAAGCCAAGAUGAAGCUUCUGGGAGUGUCAUCUCCUAAAAGUUCAGCAGUCAGUUUAGAUCUCCUCAAUCUAUAUGUUGUUAACCAGAUAUCAACCAAAAAAGACAACACUGUGAACAUGAGGAAGCCAGUCCACAUUGAUAUCACUGAAGAUGUAAAAAUACCUGUCAGGAGGCACAGCAUAGAGCUUCCCUUGUCACCAUCACGUACACAACGUAUGCCUAACUUAGAUGACAUCCAGAACAGGUUACAAAAGCAAGUUUUGGACAGCAGAAGGCAGCAUCUCUCUGAGAAAAUAAAAUACCAGCAUAAUUUAUCACAAGUAACAGAAUUAACAUAUGCUGACUCUAGUAUGGAAUGUGAAGACAACACAGCAAGUGCUUUUGAUGCCUGUCCAUUGUCCUCUUCUGUCUGUUGGUCCUCUAAUUGUACACAGCUUUCAGAAGAGAAUUUCAACACAAACCUACUAGGCAACACUUGGGAAGAGACCUAUGAAGAGAAUUUGCAAACCCAGCCAGGAAAUAGUUCUGAUCAAGACUCUUGGUUUACAAAACCUCCAAGCCAGUCUGUUUUCAGGAAGUCUGAUACAGUGCCUCGGGAACUGUUAAAGCCGUUGCAUAGGCUAGACUAUAUGAAUUUUUCCAGGAAAAAUCCAGUGAUAAUAACCAGAAAUGAAUCAGAAAACAGUGAAGGAAUAAAAGAAGCAUUGUUUGAUGUUGUGAAAGAAAAUUCAGAACCGAAAGCUAACCAAGAUGGAAGUGAUUGUUCCUUUAUGGCACUGUUUGAAGAUGAGAGCCAACCAAUCCAUAUUAAUCCUCCCACAAAGCAUUUUAAUCCUUUUGUUAACCAAUGCAGCACUGACAUGUUUUUCACAGAUCCUGAUGAUAGAAAGGAAAUGACCAACAAAAAUUAUCCUUAUUAUGCUAGAGAGGCUUACCCUGCAAUCAAUGAAAUAAAAAGUUCUGCAGACAGCCACCUUGAAGGCAUUUACACAGCUCCAGAACAGGUUUUACCUAGAAGCAGUAAUGUCUCCAGUGCAAACUAUGAGAAAAGCAGUGGACUUCAUAACAUUCCCCUGCAGGACUGUCAGGAGGGACAGCACUACUUCAUACCCUCUGAAAGGAAAGGAAAAUCUGCAAACCUUGAAAAAAUCGAGACUUCAGCUUUUCACCAUGAUCAGUGGAUUAACUUAAAGGAGAAUGUGCAGAACUAUUCAAGACAAAAAAGUGAUGACGAGUCUGUGAGAGAAUCAGCCUGGAAACAGAACCAGCUCUUUGGAUUUCAAGAGUUCACAACAGCACAGGAGAACAAGUUCAGAGUGAGUUCAAGUCUGCACCAGAUGGAGAAGGAUGUGGAGUCAUCACUCAGCAGCCAGUCUCCCAGUUACUCUCCAAGGCAAACAGAGAGCUAUUUCAGCUCUAGUCCUGACAUGUCUGAAGAGGAUGACACAGCCCAAAAGAUGACAUAUAGGAAUGAACAGUCCUUGAAGAAAGAUGAUGCCAACCUAGCCUCAGGAAGCACAGAGCCCCCUCAGACCUUGCACGCUGGAAAUGUGCCUCUCCAGCCCAGCAGUAUUUUGACUAGAGAAGCAGCAAACCAUCCUCGGGAGAAAGACUUUACUUUAUGCGCCCCAGAGGAGGAAAAUAAAACCCACACUGCCCCACCUGAGGGCAGCUCGUUACACCAAGCCCAGAAGGGAGAGCCUGUCACCCGCAGUAGCUGGCGUGAUGCCUGGGUGCAGACGGAAGGCUCUGUUACACAAGUAGAGAAGGUGGAUGCUGCCACCCAGUGUGGCCCUAUACCGGUGUGCUGCUGUGGGCGCUCCCUCCCCUCGGCCCCCAGCACCGCUGGAGGGCACAAAGUGCCAGCGCAGGAGGAGAUGCAGCCUCCGGGCUCCGGCACCGCGGCAACACCCGCCGCGUUUUCUUCUGGAGCCGAGUAUCUGAGUUUGGCUGGCAGAACGACUCUAGACGUGCUGAACUACAUUGAUAUAAUGAAGGAGAGAGAGAAGCAGUGA